GCAAUGUCCCAAGGAUGGUGCCUGGGAGAUUAAGCAGAGACCAGCUCACACUGAUGAAUUGAAGCUGACAACUGCGAGCGUAGACCCAGCUAAGAAAAAACUCGUAGGUGAAAAUCAACUCCCUCCUCCCCGAAGUUGGAAUCAGCAUUAUCUGAAGAAUGAACAGCUGUGCUCUGAGCGAUGUUUGUGGCAUCUCCAGUAGGCCCCUCUCGGCCGACUCGCCUCUUGAUGGACACAGGCCUAACGAAUCUGAGUGUAAGCACCACCUCUGGCCAGCACACUCUCCAGACCUCCCAGCAAGAGUGCCGCUUUUGGAUAUGCUGGAAGACCAGGCUCUGAAAGCACCCAUGGAGGGUGUUGAAGUCAAGAGAGAAACAAAAGGGGGAAAGAAAACACAAAACCAGUCUCCAGUGAGAAAAUGUGGGAAGGAAGUCUGCAAAGCCGUGGGCUAUAUCACAGGAGACAUGAAACAGUUUGGAGUCUGGCUUCAAGAUAAACCAGUCCCAUGUCAGUUUGUGGAUUGGUUCCUGCGAGGGAUAUCCCAGGUGAUGUUUGUCAAUAACCCGCUCAGUGGGCUUAUCAUGGUAGUUGGGUUCCUUGUCCAGAAUCGUUGGUGGACGCUCACAGGCUGUUUAGGAACAGUUGUCUCGACGUUAACAGCACUUCUUCUGAAUCAGGACAGAUCAUCCAUAGCAGCGGGACUGCAUGGCUAUAAUGGGGUCCUGGUGGGACUGCUCAUAGCAGUAUUCUCUGACAAGGGAGACUUCUAUUGGUGGCUUCUACUGCCUGUUGCUGCGGUAUCCAUGACAUGCCCAGUUUUCUCCAGUGCUUUAGGCUCAAUCUUCAGUAAGUGGGAUCUUCCUGUUUUCACCCUGCCUUUCAACGCAGCAGUGACAUUAUACUCUGCGGCCACUGGACACUACAACCUUUUCUUCCCUACAGUCCUUAUCAAGCCUGCAACAGCAGUGCCCAAUAUCACCUGGUCCACCAUUGAUGUGCCAAAGCUGUUACUAUCCAUUCCAGUCGGCGUCGGCCAGGUGUAUGGCUGUGAUAACCCCUGGACUGGUGGCAUCUUCCUGGUUGCUUUAUGCAUUUCUUCUCCUCUCAUUUGCUUGCAUGCUGCAAUUGGAUCAGCAGUGGGGAUGCUGGCAGCACUGAGCCUAGCAGCACCUUUUAGCAAUAUCUAUGCUGGCUUAUGGGGCUACAACAGUUGCCUGGCAUGCAUCGCUAUCGGGGGCAUGUUCUAUGCUCUGACAUGGCAGACCCACCUGCUAGCAAUUGCCUGUGCAUUCUUUUGUGCCUAUCUGGGAGCAACUGUAGCCAAUAUGUUUUCCGUGUUCGGAUUACCAUCGCUUACCUGGCCUUUCUGCUUGUCUGCACUCACCUUUCUGUUACUAAACACAAACAUCUCCGCCAUCUACAGGUUACCUCUCAGCAAAGUCACUUACCCAGAAGCCAACCGAGUGUAUUACCUCACAAUGAAGAAGCAGCACCAGGUUUACGAUGGCGCCAGUGGUGCCAUGGGGCCAGGCCCAGACUCAGAAGGGGCCCCGGCCAGCCCGAUCCCUCAGCCAGCUGAGCCAGCCAGGAAAGCUGUCUCCGCCCCUGCUCCGCCCCCACCCCAUCUCUUCCCACCCCUGCUCCGCACCAGCCCUGCCCCCACUCCAUCCCCUCCCCUGAGCUAUGCAUCUCGGGGGACUGCAGCAGGGGUCGGGCACACCCUGCACUCAGCGGGUGGUGGGAAGUGGAGUGAUCCAGCCCCAGCUCGCUCCACUCCACCAGCUCCCAGCCAUGCUGCCGGUGAGUGCUGGGUGGCAGUUACCCCCUACCCCACAAAUCCCAAGGCUGGGAGCCAGGGGAUCAGAGCGGAGCGGGGUGGGGCCGGGUUACUCCACUUUCCUCCACCCCGUGAGCGCGGGGUCGGGCCCACCCUGCAAUCACCGGGUGGCAGGAAGUAG